AUGGAGACCCCUCGAUCGACAAAGUCCCGCAAAACCCCGGAAGACCGGGCGCGGAAGCGAGAGCAAGACAGAAAAGCCCAGCGCAGUGCGCGGGAAAAGAACAAAACAUUGAUUGCUCAGCUGCAAUCGCGCAUCGAGACCCUGACUCGGUUCCACGAUAGUGGUAGUACGAAGGUCCUCAUCGACGAGUUGGAGCACCAGAGGAAGUCGAAUGAGUCGCUUAGAUCGACGCUGCGGUCGCUCCAGGGGCUCAUCGUUGCUGGCUUAUCCAAUCAUGAUCCUGCCGUGGAUGCUCAUGGUCCCAGAUCGAGACAGAGUCCCGCGCGCGAGGCGGACUCGAGCUUGGAUGAAAGCUCGAGGCCCGCUCGGAGCAGCCGCGAGCUCUCUCCAAACAUGGAGCAAUCGGAUGACAGAACAUAUGACUCGUCCACUACUGCGAUAGACCCCGGCCAGAAUGUGGCCCAGGGGAAGAUGCCAUGCCAAGACUCAAACUCACCUGUCCGCCCCUCCAGCGUACACCCCCCAUCGGACCCAUUUGGCCAAUCGCAGGACGCCCAGGGCCGACUGUUCGUGUACUUGAACGAGCUGGUGGAGCGUUGCUACGCCAUUAGCCCACGUGUGACCCCAGACCAAACCACCAGAGACGCCGACAUCCCGAUUCGAGCAAUCGUCGAGGGAUGGGAUGCCGUCGGCCGUCGAUAUGCGUUGGACCCGGUGUGGGGAAUGCUGCGUGCAGCGGACGAGUCCAUUUGGCGCAAGCUUUGCGGGGAAGCCGAACGACUGGCCAUUCUGCGCGUUGUCAGCGCCAUGUUCCGGGUAGGCAUCACCACCCUCUGUGAUUACUGGCUGACCAGUAUCGUUCAGUACCGAUCCGACCCAUCUGAAGCCAACCUCCAGGCACUUCCCCGGUUCAUGCGCCAUCGGCCAUCGCAGCUGCGGAUUGUUCACAAACCGUUGGUGGACUUUGUUGUUUGGCCGGGCCUGCGCGAGCGCCUCGUCCUAUUCCCCGACCAGCACUGCUCGGACAACUUCUGCGCCUUGUUCUGGAGCUGUUUCCGGUUCAACUGGCCGUACCAGGCCCGUCAUACAUUCGCGCGGCAGUCCCAGCCAGGGUUGUACACAUUCCCCGAGUCGUUCAACGAGUGCUUUUAUGACCUGCAGUCCUGGUGCAUGACCCCUCGCUUCUUCCACGCAUUCCCAGAUAUCGAGGCCGACGUGCCAAUAGCAUCGGUGGGGACUCGCGGGGACCUCUCCACCAAAGAUAACGAUAUGGCCGUUGGUCGCGUGGGUCCGGCUGACAGGUGGGUUCCACAAGCUGCCGUGUCACCCUCGAGUGUGGCAGUGGAAUUCCCGUCGGUGGAUUGGCAGAUGGAUAGAAUGGCGGUCGGUGGUGUAGAUCUGCCCAUGGGACUCGGGGGUGGACCUUUCCACCGGCCGGGGGUAUCGGGUGGAGCCAAACCACCGCGUCUCCACCUGUUCGAUUCGGGGGAAGGUUCCGCAUGGACCUUCCAUCACUGCCUCAAUGCCUACCUGUCCCGUCCGAGGCAGACCAGCGUUCGGGCCAAGCCUUUUGACCGGACGGCUUGCAGGCAUCGGAUGUAUUCCAUCCAGCCGACACAUUCCACGCGGAGAUGGAGAAAGUCAAAAUACUCGGAAAAAGCCCGUCCCGAUCCCGUGACCUGGGACGGCCGAGGCACGAUGCCCGAUCGGGUUAAGCGUGGUGCGGAGAUUAAACGGACCGGCGGACGAAUGAAAAGCCGCGGUGGCAGCCUGAGGUGUCCACCCAGGCGGGUAACCCUAAAUCACUCACCGACCCUGACCGAGAAGGCGCAGACUGGGGACUCUGGGGACACAAUUCUCAACGCCCCGUGGGGUUGACCCAGUCCAGACUCCGUGCUAAAUGAUGACCGGAAGGAUUGGGGAGGACUGUGUCUCCCACCACCGGUCCGUGUCCUGGGUCGAAUCACUCUGUCUCAGCUGCAGCAGAAGAUUCUACGCUGUCUCAGAUGGGCCUUCAAACUGGCCACUAUUCGCCGCCGGUGUCUUGGCAGUCGGACAUCCCCUGUUCAAAAUUUCUCACUGUGGCCAGGAUGAAUCCUUCGUGAGAAUAGUGUUCCCCCCGUAGAGUUGGCCUGCAGAACUGUGACAGAGGAGAUCAUGUUGGCAGAUCAGAUGACGGGGGACUCGCCAGGUCUGAGUCUGAUUCAGUUCCUGAUCGUACAUCCUCGGCAACCCGUGUAGAGAUG